AUGAUGCGAAAUAUCCAGUUUGCCUUCUUCUUCCUAUUCUUGUUACUCUCUGUGAAUGCCCGCUUCAACCGAAUCGGAUAUGUGAGUGAUCCAGUUGAGUUAUUGCUGAAAGACAGUCUAUCAUCACUACGAUUGAAAAAUGUUCAAAACUAUGCUGACACAGAACGUCGACAGAUCCGAAAACGAAAGUUUACUGUGUUUCCACCAACGUUCUAUUCGAAUUUUGGCUUUGGGCCAAUGCCAUUUGGACGACGGCAGUUAUCAUUACCGUAUACUGACUUGCUCUUCUCUGGUCGAUGA